AUGAUUUGUCAUUUGAAAUAUAUCUUUGUGUGGAUUUUUCUUAUACCCCAACCGACAGAUGGCGGAAGUGUCACAUGGUAUGAACCUACUCCGACUAGGACAACAUCAAAUCCAACUGAAGUACUCCCUCCUGGCAUUGUGCAGGUUUAUGAAGGAUCAUCUGCCAGACUUGAUUGGAGCUACAGUCUGUCUUUAGGUUUAGCUUUUGGUGUCAUAAGAUUCAAUGGUGAUGGUAUAGUUAACUUUCAAGCAGAUGGUUCAGCUGGUCCUGUCCGUGCUAAAUUUCAGGAACGGUUCAACUUAAGCUCAACUCCAGGAAGAGCUUCUCUGUCUAUCUCCCCUGUGACUGUUGCUGAUGAUAAGGCUAAUGGAGAAUUUAGCUGUGAGUUAAUUGACACCAACGCUGAUACUUGGAAACGAGCAAUUCAAGUGCAAGUCGUAGUUCCAACAAAUAUCACUGGAAUUAGAGGUGAACCAACUGUUCUUGAAGGCAGCAAUUUGCAGUUAAGCUGCGAAGCAUCAGGUCAACCAGAGCCAAACAUCACCUGGACCAAAGAGAAGCCUGGGAACCAAGGCAUUACUGGUGUGGUGCAAGAAGGCAAGGUGCUGACUAUAACAAAUAUCAAUAGGAGUGAUGCAGAAACAUUCACCUGUACAGCAUACAAUGGCAUUGGUAAACCAGAGUACCAAACAGUUCAUGUGAAUGUUACUUAUCCAGCCAAGAUUGUUAAUUUUCAAACUGAGCAUUUUGUUGUUGUACAACAAAGUCUAACUCUUAACUGUGGAGCAGAAGGAAACCCUCCUCCUACUUACACUUGGACUCCAUGUGACUCAGAACAAGUUUGUGACAAGAACGCUCUUGAUAUUUCACAAGUCUGUGAGGAUGUCAGCUACACCUGUAAUGUGGCUAAUGGACUUGGAUCUGAUACGAAAACUACUAAUGUUGUCAUUGAAGGAGACUGGAUUGCUAUAGCAAUAAACAUCACUGAUGAAAGCUGUGCUGAUGGAAAAUACAAUGAAUCUGUACUGUUAAAUGGAUUUGAUAAAGUGUUCCAAGAGGUUUUCACUCAUUAUGAAAGAGUGGAAGUGAGAGAUAAAAGGUGCAGUACUGUGAAGCUAGCACUGAAAUUCAACUCCAUCACAAACCAAACACAUGUUAUUAAAAGUCUUCAUGAUGCAGCCAAAGAUGGGUAUCUUGGAAAGUUCCCUGUUUGUCCUACAUGUAUAAAUGGGGCAGGAUUUUGUAAUGUUACACAGCCAACACCAACACCUGCAAAUCCCUCUAACUAUACAGUGUACCAAAGAGUUUUGACUGAUGGGAGAGUUGGACAGUGGACAGAAAUAAAGAAAAUCAGAGAUGUUUCUGUGAGAGAAUUGAAAAUAGCGUUAGAGAGAGGAAAGGUGUAUCAGUUUGCCAUUACUGCAACUAAUGAGCUUAGUGAAAGCCUGAAACAAGAGAAAGAAAAUAUCCAGCAAGUUAAGGCAGAAGGAAGUCCUGAGGAAUGUAACUGCCCAUCAAAUAACGUCUUGUUGGCCAUAAUUGGGGUUCUUGCCUUCACAGUCCUUCUUCUAAUUAUUUACAUAAUCUGGCUACAUAAGAAAGGCGCUGUAGGGAAACAGAGGACUUAUGAAGAUGAAAGAGGUGUUUACGACAAUGAAACAGGAUUAGGAGAUAUCGAGCCAAGUCUGCCCGAUUCAAGAAAACUCACCCAACCUCUUGCGGAGUACAUGGAUCUCAAAGAAGUCAACAAAGAUAAUAGAAAAGGACAAAGAAGUGCUUCAGGUGCUGAUUACGUGCCUCCUCAUCCGUUAACGCACUGCUGGGAAGUUCCACGACAUCACGUGACCAUAGAAAAGAUAAUUGGUAAAGGUGCUUUUGGUCAGGUUGCCAAGGGAAAAGCAGUAGGACUUCGAGGGAGUCCUGAAACGACCACAGUGGCUAUUAAGAUGCUGAAAACAAACGCUGCUGAAUCGGACAAGAGAGAUUUGAUGAAAGAACUUGACACAAUGAAGCAGCUGAAACCACAUCCUUACGUCAUUAAACUUCUGGGAUGUGUUACAGAAUCUGAACAGCUGUUGGUUUUGAUUGAAUAUGUGCCUUUUGGGGAUCUGCUGGGUUACCUGAGAAAGAGCCGUGGAUUAAAAGACACUUACUACAAAGACCCGGAUAUCAAACCACAAACAAAUCUGACGUCACAGCAGCUGAUGAAGUUUGCUUGGCAAAUUGCUGAUGGAAUGAGUUACUUGUCCUCAAAAUCUAUCAUUCACCGAGACCUUGCGGCCCGUAAUGUGUUGGUUGGACAAAAGGAAACUUGCAAAGUGACAGACUUCGGAAUGGCCAGAGAUGUGCAGCAGGAAAAUAUUUAUGAACGAAAGACUAAGGGCCGUCUUCCCGUGAAGUGGACAGCUUAUGAGGCCUUGUUGUAUGGUAAAUAUACCACCAAAAGUGACGUAUGGAGCUAUGGAGUUUUGCUGUACGAGAUUUUUACCAUAGGCGGUUCACCUUACCCAAGAAUGGAUGGAAGAAAAACUGCAAACUUACUGCAGGAUGGAUACAGGAUGCCUAAACCACAACACGUCGAUGAAAAAUUGUAUGAGAUCAUGAUGAAAUGUUGGAAGAAUGACCCAGACGCAAGACCAACUUUCACUGAAUUGAAAAAUCAGCUUAAGGACAUGGAAACCCUACACAAGAAGCUGAUCAACAUGACAAUAUACGACAAGCAGUUGUAUGCAAACGUCGAGGAUCUAAUUGUGUAG